GCCCUGCCCGGCGGAUCGCAGGAGCCCGGCGGCGGCGGUGUCGCCUCCUCCACCGUCCCGGGCGACGGCUGGCAUGGUGCGCCAUGGCCACUUGGAAGCGCGACGGACGGCUGACUGCGCUGCAGCGGUUGGGUUGCGCCGGGCUGGCCGGGGCGGCGAGCCACAGCUUGACGGCCCCGCUGGAGGUGCUUACCGUGCUGGGCCAGGUCGGGGCUCUGCCCGGGCGGAGAAGCGGCCUCUGGCGAGCCGGCCGCAGCCUGUGCCAGGCCGAGGGACCGGGCGCGCUCUGGAAAGGCAACCUGACCGCCUGCUUGCGCCUCCUGCCUUACAGCGCCGUGCAGCUCGCCUCCUACCGCCGGCUCAGAGCUCUCACCUCCCAUGUUCUGGAGGGGUUGAUGUCCGUUUUAGCGGCGUGAUCGAUUGUUUUAAGCAGACGGUGAAAACCAAAGGGGUCCUGGCACUUUGGAACGGAUUAACUGCCAAUUUACUCCGGAUCGUCCCUUAUUUUGGGAUCAUGUUCAGCACUUUCGAAUUUUGUAAACGGGUCUGCCUGUACUGGAAUGGUUACACCGACUCCCCUUUACGCUACGCACUUACCCCUGGCGUCGACCAGAGUUUACGACCUCAGGAACUGCAAGACGUAAAGCUCCUUGGACGAAGAAACUUCUAAGCUUCCGGAUGCGUUUCUGAACGCGGCUUCCCAGCCCAAAAAAAAGGGGGGCACUGAGAUUCUCAGCCAGCUAUCUUGUCUUCCGUUGAAUUGCUGCCAAAGGGUUCCCAAACUCAAGGAACUGGGACACAAUUUCCUCAUUCAAGUGAGUCUGCGCAACCAGACAACCUUCAAGUUUACAAACAUCCAUCCACUCUCAUUGAUUGCCAACUGUUGAACUGUGAGGCUCUCUGAGCUUGGUGGUUUUCUUGCAGACGUUUCAUUACCGGGCUAGGUAACGUCAUCAAUGCUGGAGGGGAGAAGCAAAGUUUGCUUUCAUAUAGAUGAGAACAAGCCUUACUCCUUUCUAGCACUGAUGUUACCUAGGUCAGGGGGGGAGGGGGUCACCAACCUUUUGGACCUCCGGGACCACUAAAUUCAUAAUUUUAAAUCCCCUCCGGAACUACUAAAAUCAAUUAGUGACGGGAUGGGGUCCUUCAGGCAUUUAGCUUGGCCGCCUGUUAGCGGAGAGAAGCACUCGGGCUCAACCCUUGCUGUUCUUUGCAGCUAGGAAUCUCAAAUACGGCCAAGAAUGAAUGAAUGUCUUGUAGUCAGCCCGGGCGAUAGAUCGGGGCCCCCUCUGUCUUUUGAGGAGCCUGGCUGAAGUUUCGCGCACCGCUCACUGAAGCGCCUGGACUCCCAGGGAGGAAAGGGGUGGAGCUAAUAAACAGGCAGCCAAGCUAAGUGCCUGAAGGACCCCAUCCCAUCAGCGAGCGGUAUUAAUUGCUUCGGCGGGCCGUAUCCGGCCCAGGGGCCGUAGUUUUGAGGAUCCUCGAUUUAGUGCAAUACAACAAUUGCAAAAUAUUUUUCUGCGAACCAGCAAAGUUUUCUCCACCAAAGACCCUCAAUUGGUGAUCACGGACUUUAGUUGGCUUAUGAAAUGUCUUCAAGAAAACAACCGAGCUCAGAGAGCAGCAAGGGACUCUCGCUUCAACCCUGAGUUGCAAACAUUGUCUUCCCAGUGAUUGAACUCUUCACUGAAACGCUAUCGCCAGUUUUGUUUCCACAUCUGUCAAUCUGGAGAAUCUCCCUUCCUUUUCCAGCACAGCCUGGUUGGUUGCCAUUUAAUAAUGAAGCUCAGAUCAGCAAUGUGAGAAUCCGUCCUCGGUCAUCACACGACCAUCGGAAAGGAGAAGAACAAGGGGCCGAUGAGAGAUAAUCUUGUGUCGGGAAGACGGGAAUCACAGGGGGAUGUUUUUGGAGUAUAGCUGGAGUGGAAUUGUGUAUGUGAGGAGGAGGAAGAGGCUAAAGAGAUCUCUUUCUCAAAAUCCCACCCACCCACUCACAGAAAGCUAGCUGAUGGAGACCAGAUUAGAAAUGUCCCCGACAGGCUAAGUUUCCACAGGUAGGAAUUUCAACAGGGUGGUUGAACUUUAAAUGUAUGCAGAACAGCAGACAGUCACCUACCUGUUCGUCCCCGCCUUAAGAUUCUGAAAUGGGAAAAUCCGAGGAGGACUAUAUUACGUGCUGCUUGGAUUCUGAUGGAAUUUUCCAGGGAACUGUAGUCUUAUCUCUUUGAUUUUUUAGAUCUCUCAAAAGCUUGCAAAUGAGCAUCCGUGACCAAAUGUACAGCAAAGUUCCCUCUCUCCAAAUCUUGAAAUAUAAUGCACCAGCAUGGUUCUUUCUCUUCCUUGUCAUUUUACGGUAGAUAUCAGCCAAAAGUUGUGAUUCUGGUGUCAACGGAGUCCCUAAAAUGCUUGCAAAGGAGGAGUAGUGACCAAAUGUACUGCAAAAUUCCCUCUCUCCAAAUCUUGAAAUAUAAUGCACCAGCAUGGUUCUUUCUCUUCCUUGUCAUUUUACGGUAGAUAUCAGCCAAAA